AUGGCUCAAGCCCGGCCUCAUCGAAAAGAUCGGCCGAAGAAGCCAGCUAACCCGCUGAUCAAAGGCAUUCUAGCAUUUUGCAAAAAGGCCAGCAUUUCCGUCGUCGAUGCUCCAAACGAGGUAGAACAGUCCGACGACGCUGGCGAUGUAAGAUAUCACGAUGCUACAGCCACAGCCAAGGCCAAAACCACAGAUGGUCUGGUCGGACUGAAGAUUUCACCCAGCGACUUGCCCAAGCGGCACACAAUCUAUCCCCCACUUCUACUGUUGCCGCACAAAUUCCCAACGCACAGCGCAAGAUGGACGGAUGUGUACUGCGCAUUGUCCGAAGACGACAAAGAGGAACUCUUUCGGUGCAUCGCUGAAGAAGGAUUCGUCGGCAAGCAGAUUAGCAGGAUUGCCAUCAAUGCGCCUAUCGCAGCCGAGGAGGAGGAGGGCGAUGAGGAUGGUUUGGAUGUCAUGGUGGCUGCUGCAGAUGCCGCUGUGAGCGAAGCCUCAGCAUCUUCUUUGCGGAAGGGGAAGGAGAAUAUCCUGCGCAGUCCGUCUGGUCUUGUCCCUGUCUACGGAGAUUGGGGCCCCCCGGGAAGGGGUGCAGGAGGUGGUGGUGGACGGAAGAAAAGCCCAGGGGUGGUGGAUCCCACACGUCCGGACUUUGAAGAAGCGUUCUGGACGUCGACGUCUCAGCACAAGGGCAUCACGCAGUGCUGGGCACCGCUGUAUACCAUGUUCAGUCGGGGAAAUAUAUCCGAGAAGGCGAGGAUUCUUGGGCUUUGUCCUCAAGGUCGUUUCAACACGGCCUCCCAAUUUCCUGGCCUGACGGUCAAUGAGCUAUGCGAACCUGUCGAGUCGAUCGAUGUCGUGGACUUCUAUGUGGGAAUUGGAUACUUUGCCUUCUGCUACCUGGCCAAAGGUGUGCGGCGGGUCUGGGGAUGGGACAUCAAUCCAUGGAGCAUCGAGGGACUGAGAAGAGGCUGCGAGCGAAACGGAUGGGGUAGCUUGGUGGUCAAGGUCGACGAUCAGGGAAAUCUGGUCGGGCAGGAUGUGGCCGAUGUUGUUCGCGGGAUUCAGGAGGGCGAUAAAGGGCUCACCAGGCUUCCACCGGGGGGUCAAGAAGAAGGGCGGCAGAGGGAGGUAAAGUGUAUUGCCUUCUUGGGGGAUAACAAAUGGGCGGACAAGGUCAUGAGGGAGUUUCAAGAAGCAGGAAUGGAGUUCAAUGUCAGACAUGCGAACCUCGGAUUGCUGCCCACGUCGAGAGGCAGCUGGGACAAUGCUGCGAAAGCCAUCGUCGGCCUCAGGGGCAGCGGUGGGAAAGGGAAGGAUGGUUGGAUGCACGUCCAUGAGAACGUCGAUGUUCGGGAUAUUGACAAUAUGGCGAGACAGAUCGUCCGCGAUAUUCACCGUCUUGUACAGGUCGAAUUCCCGAGCCGAGAAGGAUGGUCUGUCUCUUCGGAUCAUGUUCAGCAGGUCAAGACGUACGCACCGGGAGUGAUGCACUGUGUCUAUGAUAUUCAGAUCAAACCCAAUGGAUGA